AUGAUCCCCUCGUCCCAUGCCCACCCGCUCUCCCCACCUAUCGAAACCGCUUCAUCCUCCUCGCCCUUCUUCGCUUCUUCGCCCUCGCAAAAAUCCGAUCUCUUCGACCCACCGACAUCGCAAACGGAUGCGCUAUUCCCCGCCUCGCCGAACGCGGAGGAGGAUGUCGGCCGAAGAGGGUCGGUAGCGACGUUGAUGGCGCGCAGCUCGAGCGCGCAAGGGAUUGGAUUGGGACUGCGUGACUCUUCUGUCUCGCGAAGGUCGAAGAAGUCGGCAACCCGGAGCAGAGCGUCUUCUCCGCCUCCUCGACCCGAAACCACCGCUUCUUCGCCUAACCCCGACAAAGUGCCUCGACAUCUCGCCUUUCCUUCCGCGCCGCAUCGCCUAUCAUCCUCAGCUUUCAACGCUCUCCCUCUCUCACACCUCGUCGUGCUCAUCCAGGCUCUCUCGCAGCGUCUGGACGAGGCACAGACUGUCUUGCGGGAAGAACGGGAGGAACUGAAGGCGCUGGAGAAGCUCGCGAGGGACAAGGGCGCUGGAGACGGGGAAGUUGAGAGGGUGAAGGUGCGCGCGCGGACGGAGGCGAAGGAAGCGGCGGCAAUCGCGGAGGGUAAGGGAGAAGGAGAGUGGAGAAUUGAGUUGCCGCACGGAGAGGAAGACGAGGAGCCUAUGCACGAAGAUGCCCCGCUCAAAACGGAGGUCGACCUCGACCUCGAAGACUUGACGGAGGCGAUCUCUUCCAACGCCUUCGACCUCGGCCUCACACCCGCUGCAGCCGACGCAGCGCCGUCUGAUGAUGUACCGACUCGAUCUCGAGCGUCGUCCAUGCCUCCGCCUUUCUCCCCGCCCGAAGCAGCAGACAAGUCAGACACGGCGUCAAUCGCCUCGACGCCCAUUCCCUCCACACCUUCCGACGCGUCUGCGACACCGCACACCGCCGCAACCCUCAAGCCGGUCAGACAACGGCAUGCCUCCCUUUCAGCUCGUUUCGUCGGCUACAUCGCCGGAGGAAGCGGCAGCAACGGGUCGACCUCAUCUGCACCAGCUCCCAACGCUACGAUAACACCGGCAUCCCCCUCGUCCGCCACCUUUGACCCUACAUCCUCCGCUCAUUCGCCGGCGAAGAAGCGCUCAGGACGAUCAGGUAGCAUUCGGAGCGUGAGCAGUACAGCCUCGAACGAGCGGAAGGGCUAUGGCGACUGGCUAGGAUGGCGAGGCUGGGGAAAGAGUGGCGGAGCUGCGGAGAGCAUUAAGGAGAGUCAGAGCGAUGCGGAAGAGGAGGGUGCGGAGGCAGAGGCGCGAGACGGCCCUGCAGGAGGACAGACUUCGGACGACGCGUCUAUGGCCUCUGAGCCACGGCAGGAGGACGUUGGCGGUGCCGACCACCCGCCAGGAGCCGGCUCGUUGUCCUCGAGUCCUCGACCGUCGCUGGGCGAUCGCGCAACUUUGGCGUCGGUGACCACCGACUCGGUCCCCUCCUCUCCGCCAACAUCGAGUCACUCGACCGCCCUCAGUCCCGGCCGACGCAGCUCAAGGUCCUCAACUGCGCCAAACUCGCCAACUUCGACGCGGAAACGCAGCUUGGCGCCUCCUCCCUCGCUACAACCGGCAUCGCAGCAAGCUACAGCAGCCGCGGUUCUCUCGACGCCCAUGACUACGUCGACAAUCUCUGCGCCCUCGCUCGCAUCGCCAAGCCGUGCCGCCGGAUCGUCGCCGUCCUCGCCUGUCAGGUCGCCAUCCCCACAAAGUCUCGCGCUUCCCGAUACGCAUAUGCUAGUCCGGUCAGGCGAAGACGAAGGCGAAGCGACUAUCAAGGCGCGCACUGGUGGUCAAGGCCAAACGAGCGGUCUCUCCUUCGUUCCAGGCGUGCCGCUUUACUCCGCACCGCCAGGGUCAGCCGCCAAGACAGCGACCAGCGACCACGGCUACGUCGCGGCGGCCAAAGGUUCGAUCAGCCGCGCUCUGGGCCUCGGCGUAGGCGCUCCUGCCGGCAUCAGCAGGACCAACAGCUCGUCGACAACUUCGACCGAACCGAAUACUACUGUCUUCCCUCGCCUCCCGUCCCUAUCGCUCUCACGCUACUCGCCGUUCGCUCAGCCUGCACUUUCGACACCGGCGACGCAUGUCUCGCUCUCCGCCUCGACCUCCCUAGGCGCAGCCGGCUCAUCGCUCUCGUCGCCUCUGAUCGCCUACACCGCGACACUCGCGCCGUCCAACUCGCGAAGUGGAGCACAAACGAUGGAGCUCGAUACGAUCUCCGGCGAGGCAGCGCCUCCUUCACUCGCGCUGCUCAAGCCGUCGUAUCAGUCUGCGUCGGCUGGUUCCGGCGCGGAGGGAGACGACGGUGACGGCCCAAUGAUCGACCGCUACGGCUUCAUCUACGACGUGCGGACGGGUAUGGAGCUGCUGAAGGAGAGCAGGCGACGGAAGGAGGGCGACAAGGCUGUCAACAAGCCGAGCGAGAAGGCGAAGAAGCUGAAGAAGAAGGCCAGUAAGGGAGUCGAGGCGGAUGCUGUUCCGGCUGUCGUCACCACGCCCCAAACCGAGCUCGAGGUCCAUCCUCAACUUGACGCCCUUCGCGAGGCAAUCGGUCUCACGCCAACGACCGAGGAGGAGAACGCCUUUUCCCCUCCGCCCUCUACACCGCAGACGGGGGCCGCUCCCACGCCUUCUUCCGACGCUGCUUCACGACCGGCAAAGCUCGUCCGCGCGCCUUCGUCUUCCGCCGGCGAGUCUCGAGCCACUUCGCCUAACGGAACUGGCCCGCAAUCGAUGCGAGCGCUGCUCGCACAACUUCGUACGAUCACGGACGCUGUCGAGAAGACGCAGCAGGACGCAUGGGACGCCUUCAUCCGCAAGCGGCAAAAGAAGCUCGCCAAGCUCAAGCACCCCGAGGUGGAAGACGACGGCGAGAAGGACGCAGCUCAUCGCCGCGAACGACCCAAGUCAACGGUGCUCUUGGCGGACCGAGACAUGAGCAGCGAGAACGGGCUGGCGGAACAGGCUUGGACGUCGGAGAACCUCGUUGGUGUCGCUCAGAUGGGCACGGAAAAGAAGGGCAAGAAGGAGGACUGGAACGCCUUCAAGCAGCUCGUCAGGAAGGGCAUUCCGAUCGUGUACCGUCCGAAGAUCUGGGGCGAGUGCUCGAGCGCGAACGAGGCGAGAGAGCCAGGCGUCUAUCAAGAGCUGCUGGCUCAGCCGACGACAGACGCCGAGGCGCAGUGCCUCAAGCAGAUCGACAUGGAUUGUCAUCGCACUUUCCCAACCUGCGUCUUCUUCGCUGGCAACGGACCUGGCGUUGACAAGCUGCGCAACGUUCUCGUCGCCUACUCGCGUCGCAACCCCAAGAUCGGCUACUGUCAAGGGAUGAACAACCUGGCCGCGACGCUCCUCCUCACGCAUCCGACAGAAGAAGACGCUUUCUGGGUGCUCGUGUGCAUCAUCGAGAACAUCCUUCCCUCCGACUACUACACCUCGCACCUCCUGGUCUCGCGCGCGGAUCAGCAGGUCCUCCGCGACCUCGUCGAGCGCAUCCUGCCCAAGUUUGCGGCGCACCUCGACGAGCAUGGCGUCGAGCUGUCGGCGAUCACGUUCGGCUGGUUCCUCAGCCUCUUCACCGACUGUCUGCCGAUCCAGACGCUCUUACGAGUCUGGGACCUCUUCUUCAUCCACGGCACCAUCUUUCUCUUCCGCGUCGCCCUCGCCAUCCUCAAGCUGCACGAAGCGGAACUCCUCGCGUGCGACUCGGCAGCAAGUCUGUACGCUUUGCUUGGACACCUGCCGGCCGGAUUGUGGAAUGCGGAUCGGUUGCUCAAGGUCGCCUGCGACGAUCUCGCCUCGGUCGUGAAAGACCGCGACGUCUCCCUCUUGCGGAACAAGCAUGUCUUCGCGCUCGAAGAAGAUCUCGGCUUGUCAGCCGCAGACGACCCGCCCGCUUCUUGA